CGAGAGUACGAGAAUCGAACGAGUCUCGCGGGGUGUUUGCGUCGACGCAACACGUUCUCCCCUGAUUUGGAAUUACUAUCGUAACACCGUCGAUUCUCGUGUUCGUCUACCGAGCUCCGCGCGCGAUUCUCUCAACCUACGAUGGUCGGUAUAUCACUUGUUGAAACAUCAAAGGAAUCUAACAUUUCGGGUCUUGGGGCAGUGGGGCCGGAUGAAUCGACACGUACGAGCCGUUGAUUUGUUCGAUCGUUCGUUCGUCGCGUCUGUCUGCGUUCGAUACGGGAACACAAAGUCACUCCAUGUAUCUGGUGUUUGUGCACGGAGCCGUGUUGUGGUGUCAGCGAUGCGCAUGAACGAUGACUAUUGGCCGGUAUCGCGCGAAAAGCAAAAUUUCCUCCCCGAAAUGGUACACACGCGACGGUGAAACAGUACAAUACGGGUACGGGAAAAUAGUCGGGACGCGACUACGAGCGACGACAUCAUGCGAAACGCAAAGAAACGAUCUCGUUUCGUCGAGUACGUGUGCCGAUGGCCCGGUCUUGUGUUGCUGUUGCUACCGAUCGGUCUUCUGGCGAGCCUUUAUGUUGCCUCCUCCGAGGAGGAAUACAAAUUCGAGCCUCGAUAUUCGAACUGGUACAAGUCGUAUAAUGUCACGGAAGAUUUCCCAGAAAGGAUGGACGGUUACUUGGUGUGGAAUCCUCGGUGCCAAAUGCCCUCGAAACAUCCGCUCGAUCCCGCGAUUCGAUCUUACGUGAAAAAGGAGAGGUUCGAGAAUUGCUCCAACGACAUGCCGUUUACGGGUCUGAUUCGGGAGGACAACGGCAGUGUGAUUCUGUUCGUUGAUCCCGCUGCCGCGGCACUUCGUCCCGGCUUGGAGUGUUGCUGGUCAGCCGUGCUCCGAGACACGAACAAAUCGCCGGUGACUAAGGGAAAGCUGACGAGCAAGAAUAACGGAGUCGACUCGUCGAUCGUGGUGAAACGAUGCGAGAGCUUCGACGGCAUGACCGCGUUGCCAGACGGUAUCGAAGCAGCGAUGGUCGCCUGCAGCCAGAAGCCGAACGGCAAACCGAUCUAUCGAAACGUUCACGCGGUCCUCGGCCUCGACAAAGUACGCGGUCGUUUGCAUCGGAACGACACUCAACCGCCGGAAGCAACCGGAUCCACCGACCGUUUCGGCACCCUCUCUAGAAAGCUGAGCGUUCUCGUGAUCGGCAUCGACAGCGUUAGUCGUUUGAACUUUCUGCGCAGCGCGCCAAUCACCGAGAAAUACUUACGCGAAACCGGUUGGGUUCCCAUGAACGGAUACAACAAGAUGGCUGACAACACCUUCCCGAAUUUGAUGGCGAUUCUGACGGGACAGAGCCAAGAGCAAGCCUACUCGAACUGCAAGCCGACCACACCGUAUAGCCUCGAUCGAUGUCCCUUUCUCUGGCGAAAUUUUCGCGAGGCAGGCUACGCGACGGCCUACGGCGAGGACGAGACCGAUAUAAACACCUUCAACUAUCUGAAAGUCGGUUUCGUUGAUCCCCCAACCGAUUAUUAUCUUCGGCCUUACAUACUCGCUUGCGAGAAACUUCUCAAGGUGAAAAAGAGGUUUCAUCUGAAAUACUGCACCGGACCCGAGACCAGCUUCGACCGGAUUCUCGACUAUGCGAUCGAAUUUGCGCGAACGUUCCUCGGCCUACCGUACUUUGGCUUCUUCUGGACCUCGAGUAUUAGCCACGAAAACGCGAACGCGAUCUCAUCGAUGGACGCUCGAUUGUCCGCCAAGAUCAAGUACUUGGAACGGGACGGUGUGCUGAACGACACGAUGGUGGUGUUCCUGAGCGAUCACGGGAUGCGUUGGGGCCCGAUCAGGAACACUUUUGUCGGCUGGUACGAGGAACGACUUCCGUUCCUUUAUAUCUGGCUGCCGGAAUGGUUCCGUAACGAGCGACCGUACGCUUAUCCGUCGUUGCGCGCCAAUCAGCAUAGGUUAGUCUCGCCGUUCGACCUGUACGAGACGCUCAGAGAGGUGCUCAGCUUGUCGGGCGGACAAGCGAAAGCGUCCCCGGCGUGCGCCGAUUGCCGUAGUUUACUCGGUCGCGUGCCGCGGCAGAGGGGCUGCUCGAACGUUGGAAUUUCCUCGCAUUGGUGCGCCUGUACAGCGUUCAACCCCGCCGACCCUCGCGAUCCGAUCGUCCAGAAAGGCGCGCAAGCUUUCCUCGAGCACGUCAAUGCUCGCGUCGACCCGUACAAAGAUAAAAAAGGUAGACGGCUGUGCGCGAAGCUUCGCCUAAAGAAACUCCAUCGAGUGGACCGCGCCCUCGAUUUCACCGUCUCGACCGAUCUAGCGUUCUUCUAUCUCAUACAACUCGCGCCCGGAGACGGUAAGUUCGAGGUGACCGUGCGAUACCACGAGAACGCUACUUACACCGUUUCCGAUCACGAGGUGAGCAGGCUCAACGCGUACGCGUCCUCCGCCAAAUGUCUCGAUCGCGGGCUGAAACAAUACUGUCACUGUCUCAGGUAAGGGGGACCAGGCCAGGACCAGGCCAUUUCCGAACUCGUCAUUUCGAUACCUCGACGUCGCGCGACUGCACCGCACCACCGGAUUCCACUUCUGAAACGCGAACUUCGCGAUCGCCAAAGAAUCUACCAAAGUGCCAAAUUCAAUCCUCGUUGCAUCGUCACGAAUUUCUGCGUCGUUCGUUGUUCAAACUUUGCCUACCUUGCGUACGCUAAUCGCAAAUCCGUCACGAUCGAUCGCGCCAACGAUAAAAUCGUCGAGCAUAUUGAAACGCGCGUAGUAACUAGCCUGAACAAAAAUAUCUGUAUCUCUAUCUUUAUCAUUCUUUAGAAAUAUAUAUUUACACAAACACGCGCGCGCGCCCACAUAUAUUUAAACAUAAAACACACGCGCGCACACACACACACACAUGCUCAGGCACGAACACAAACACGUGCGAAAGCGAGAGCGAGAGAGAGAGAUAGAGAUAGAGAGAAAGCACGCGCGCGCGCGCAUAUAUUUUAGUACGUCUUUAAUCGCUCUCUACUUGGACCGAUGACGCGCUACGACGAAGCAGGUAACAUCGACAAGAUACAAUAUAGUAACAUAGGACCGUUUUACGAAACCGCAUCGUUGAGUUUCAACGACACGCGUACAUGAAAUAAAACAUUUUUG